UCUAUCAUGACAUAUGUUAUGUUUAUAUUUCUUAUUUUUAAAUGACGUCAUGGAUGACUUCCAAUAUCACGUGACCACCUGGUUGCACCCCCUAAUGACACGUGACACCUACCAAGUUUGCCGUCAUACGAUGUUUCUUUCAUGAGAUAUCAGAUAGUUUAUUACAAAAGUGGCCUCAACACGGUCGACCACAGCCUUCCCGCGCGAUGAACAAAAAAACUGAUUCGCAUAGUUAUGUACUAUUUAAAACACGAGAAGGUGUGUUUUCUUUAUUCUCAGGUUGAACAUAAUCAAGCGAGUCGAAACUGGUCAAAGACAGCGUGACGACGGCUUAGAAAAAAGAAGAAAUAGGCGAUUGUCUGAGCAAAAUGAAGCUGCCAUCUGGCAAAGGGACUCUUGGAAUACCAAACAGCUAAGUUACUUUUUGAACACUGUUUGAUUAUGGAGUCCGUUUAUGAGAGUGUGUCUAAAAAGUAGAUUGUAAACUAUCUACUAUUUACUAGGAAAAAAAGUAGUUUACUGUUUUUACGUAUGUCGUUGUUUAUUUGCCAAAUCUGCUGGAUACAACAUAAAGCUUCAUUAGGUCAUGAGGGUUUUAUAUAAUCCUUCAUUAGGUCAUGAGGGUUUUAUAUAAUCCUUCAUGACGUCAUGAGGGUUUUAUAUGUUUCCUGUUCGUUAGUCUGUCAUUGUUUUUCUAUUGUACGCCAAUAUUUCCCUGGAGACGAUUUCAAUCCCCUCCCCGUGCUUUAGAUUUGUUGGGUGUAUUGCUAGGUAUAAAGCCUAUUCGCGUGUCCGAAGAACGACAUCCGAUUGGUCAACAUGCCUAUUGUCUUUGUCUUUGUAAUCUUUGUUUAUCGAGGGUAGCAUAUUUAACCGAAUAUACAGUUUUCUAACAUAUGGCCCUCGGUUAGUAAGCACUGUCACUGGGUGUGGUCACUGCCAGAGGGUUUAUUGCGUAAGCUGAGUAAGCUUGAGUACAAGUCUGACAAUGCUUUUAUUCGCUUACCCCGAAUUUGCGUUUAAAAAAGCCAUUAUCAUUUUUUAUUUAUUUUUUUUUUUUUCAAAGUGCAAGUUAUAAAUGCAAACGCUUUCUGAUUGCUGAUUAGAGAACCCCCCAUAUAGCCGGGACAACUAAGGACAACUACCUCAGUUCUAUGAAUACAUAAGAGACUCAUUUUUUGACAUCUGUUACAGGGUCACUCUUUUCUUGUCUUAGUCCCUUCGUUUGUAUUUUAUCUGAGGAUUCAAAGACGAAUUAAAAUUACAUUUAUAACCUGCAAGAUAUGAGCUGAAAUUCAGAGCUUUCGCUCGAAAGAAUCCGGAAAAAACAGAUCAGAUUCAUCACGGAAACUUUCAAUUAGAUAAGUAUAGCAUGCCCUAAUGACGUUGAAGUGAUUACUUUAUUGCUAGAGGUCGUCCUGCGCUUCUAACAUUUGUGAAGGAAUCAUGCAUAAAAAGGAAUAACAUGGACAAGCUGGGUUUACUUUUCUGGUGUCUUUCAAAUUCGGUAUUCUUAGUUGUCCAAGCUGAUAUCCCGGUGAACAACACAGAGCCAGCAUUGUUGAACUAUCUCUUUCAAAACUAUUCUAAAGACGCACGGCCAGUUCUCAACGUCGAUGACCCAGUUCAGUUAAAGCUGGGUAUAAUGCUACGACAGGUCAUUGACUUGGAUGAAAGAGAACAGAUCCUCACUACAAACGUAUGGAUCCGUCAGUACUGGGCAGACCACUUCCUCCAAUGGAACCCCGAUGACUUCAGUGGCAUUAAGUCAAUCAUUAUCGCUCCGGACAAAGUGUGGAAACCAGAUGUUUUGCUCUUUAACCAAGUAAAUACAGACUUUGGCAACCUGAACAAUAAGAUCGAUACCAAUGUCAUCGUAUCCCACGAUGGCAACAUUUCUUGGCUGGCACCAGCGAUCUUAAAAUCUGGGUGUAAUAUCGACGUCCGCUACUUUCCUUUUGAUGUCCAGUACUGCAACCUGGCUUUUGGACCCUGGUCGAACAACAUCCUAAAAAUAGACAUCCAGCUAAAAAACGAAUCAGGAGUAGAUACCGAAAGCUUUACUGAAAACAAGGAAUGGUUCCUCAAGGGAGCGCCAGGAAGAAGGGACGUAACGACCUAAAGUUGUUGCCCCGAGCCAUACUCGAGCGUAACCUAUACUAUCAUCCUUCGACGUCGUGCUAUGUUCUAUGUCUUCAAUAUGGUACUACCGACAGGCGUUAUUACAUUACUUUCCUUAUUCUCAUUCUACCUUCCGCCGAAUUCUGGAGAGUGUGUUUCGUUUGUGAUCACCGUUCUGCUGGCCA